AUCGAAACCCAGUUCACUCCAUUUUUUCAAACUAUGUCACAUUCUAGAAUUACAAAACAGCCAGACUUUCUAUGUCUGACUGUAGGUGUUCGAUAGAAAUUCAUUUUCCGAAUACAAAUUUAUUUACACACUCCGGUAAAGAACCCUGCGAAAUUUUCUCUUUUUACGUAAGCUGAUCCAAACAUUGCCGAAGAUGCCCCCUCACGAUCGCACCAAGGCACGACUGGAACACGAGAUAACCAUUCUACGCCGCGAGGUGGCCAGGCUGCGCGCCAAACAGGACCAGCGACGACGAGAAAGGCUGGAACAGGACGUUCUAAAGGCGCGACUAGAGCAGGAGGUGCAGGUACUGCACCAAGAACUGGCUGUCGUGAGGAGUGAUCGGGACGAGUUGAGUCGCAAGCAUGCGACAUACAUGCGGGAAUGUGGUGGCGAAGAGGAGCAGUCUGGAGCAGUUAACGCCCAACUCGUUAAGCUCGACCGACACGUAAUCAAGCAGGACAAAUAUAUAGCUUUCCUCGAGGAGCAGAUCAACCAUACCCGGACCAAGUACCAUCAGCGGAUGACGGAUGUCAAGCAGGGCACAGAGCUAAUAGAGAACGAGCUGAAAAAGGUCAGAGACGAAAUGCGAACCGUAGCUCAGCAUGCUGGCGAGGUGGAUAAGAUGAAGAAGAAAAUCUCCUCCCUCGAGGGCAAGUUGCAGCGCCGGAACUCCAUAAUCGCCAAGUACGAGAUCAAGCACGCCGAACUCAUGACGGUCGUUCAGGGCUUCCAAACGGAGGCAACCACAAAAGGAGAAACCCCAAUUGAGGUUAUUGCCGCUCCCCGACUCUCCGGGGGUAGUCCUCAUCGUUCUAAUGCUGGCUAUUUCAUGUGCACCCACACCAGCGAUACUGAUGUCGCAGAGGGUGAAGAAAAUUUCGCCAAUCCACUCGAUAUGCAACCAAGCAACUUUAGCUGCCUGACCUCGGCACUCAAAAAGCGGCUCGGUUAUUCGGAUACCACUCAACCCGAUCCUCCAGUAUUUAUCGCAACAGAAGUGAUUCCUCCGGGCGUUCAGGUCGUUUGA